AUGAUGUUAUUAGCGUAUUACUUCAACAGCACGAAGGAGUCGUGGGUGGGCUGGGGAUUCCUUCUGCUGUUUGUCGUUUUCCUCUUCGUCUUCAGUGCCGGUAUUGGGCCAACGGCGUGGUUCCUUGGCGCCGAAGUUAGCACCACCAGGGUGUCGAGCAAGAAUGCAAUCCAUGAGCGUCGCUGCACAAUACGUGUCGUGCUUCCUGUCACCGAUAGUCUACUACCCACUAAAUUCUUCGAUCGGUGCACUGUCGUUCCUUGUCUUUAUCAUACCUCUCACACUCUCUGCCAUUUACUUUCAUCGGUAGGUUUGUUUGCGUGUUCCUUGCCAAAAGAAUCAGGAAUAUGCCCAUUAUUCGUAAUUAAAACUAGUAUACACCAGUGCCAAUGGGGUUCAUGA